AUGCCACCAUACGCUAAUGUCCAAUCCCACCGCGACUCCCUCGAGCUCGCCUCUCUCGCCUCGUCCUCCCGCGCCGACUCUGUCGUCUCAGACCUGCCCUCCUCGCGUCCCUCCAUAUCCUCCUCCCGCAAGCUCUCCUUUGACGCCGAAGACCCCCUAGACGCCGCGAACCCGGCCGCCGCCGCCUCCUCAGGGAGACCGAACCGCCAUGACCGCUCCUACUCCGUCUCCUCGGGCUUCGACUUCGCCGCAAACCUCUUCCCCUUGAGCUCCACAGCCGGCGCCGGCGGCGCAGGCGGCUACGCACCCAUUGGCGCGCCCACCUCCACCGCGAUACAAAACGGCGGACUCGGCGGCGGCAGCUUGGAGAAGCACAAGACGCUCACGUACCUCAACGGCCUGAGUCUCAUCGUGGGCCUCAUCAUAGGGAGCGGCAUCUUUUCGAGCCCGAGCCAGGUGAGCUCAAAGGUCGGCUCGCCCGGCGCCGCGCUCGUCGUCUGGGUCAUUGCCGGCGUGCUGGCCUGGACGGGCGCGGCUAGCUACGCGGAGCUCGGCGGCGCGAUACCUUUGAAUGGCGGCGCGCAGGUCUACCUCGCCAAGAUCAUGGGCGAGAUGGCCGGCUUCCUCUUCACCUGGGUGGCCGUGCUGGUGCUGAAGCCGGGCAGCGCCGCCAUCAUCGCCAUCAUCAUGGGCGAGUACCUCGUGCGCGCCGCCAUUGGCGCCGAGGCCGAGAGCCUCAGCCCCUGGGUCAACAAGGCCGUCGCCAUGGUCGCCCUCGUCUCCGUCACCCUGCUCAACUGCGUCUCCACCAAGCUCGGCACAAAAGUCAACGACUGGCUCAUGUUUCUCAAGUUUAUUGCGUUGCUGGGCGUUACUGUGACUGGCAUCGUCGUCGCCAUCACCGGCAAGACCGUCACGGGCAAGGCCAACAUGGAGUGGAAAUCGCACGAGUGGUUCGAGGGCACCUCCACCGACCUCUCCGCCUGGGCCGUCGCCCUGUACGCGGGACUCUGGGCCUACGACGGCUGGGACAAUACAAACUACGUCGUCGGCGAGUUCCGCAACCCGAGCCGCGACCUCCCGCGCGUCAUCCACACGGCCAUGCCCCUCGUUAUCCUCUCCUACGUCCUCGCCAACAUUGCCUACUUUCUCGUCCUCCCCCUCGCGGCCGUCAACGCCUCCAACACGAUCGCCGUCCAGUUCGGCGCAAAAGUCUUUGGCCCCGUCGGCUCCCUCGUCCUCGCCCUCGUUGUCUCGGCAUCCUGCUUCGGCGCCCUCAACUCGUCGACCUUUACCUCGUCGCGGCUGGUGUACGUUGCCGGCAAAGAGGGCUACAUCCCGUCCGUCUUUGGCAGCAUCGGCCUGUCGCGCAACGACAACGGCGGCGGCGGCCACUCCGUCACCACGUCCCGCACCUCCCGCGGCCGUCUCGCGAAUCUCCUGAUCCGCGCCCUCGGCGACGACGACAUGGGCCUCUUUUACACCCCCGUCUGGGCCCUCGUGCUCAACGGCCUGCUGACGGCGGCGUACAUCGUCGUGGGCGAAUUCGGCACCCUGCUGACGUUUUACGGCGUCGCGGGGUACACAUUCUACUUUAUCACGGUGCUGGGCCUCAUUAUCCUGCGCGUGCGCGAGCCGCAGCUCGACAGGCCGUACCGUACGUGGAUCACGACGCCCAUUAUCUUUUGUUGCGUUUCGCUGUUUUUGCUGAGCCGCGCCGUGUUUGCGCAGCCGCUGCAGACGGUGACGGUGGUGCUGUUUGUGGUGGCGGGCGUGCCGGUGUACUUUUGGCGGAUCCGCGGGCGGGAUCAGCAGGUUGUCAAGAGGGAGGCGAGGCAUCGUGGGUACGAAGAGGGGGAGGAGAGGGCGUGGUGGCAGUUUUGGAAGAGGUCAUGA